AGCAGCCCUCCCCUGCUCGCCUAUAUACACUAAUUCCACUUUUUUGGAUAAAUACAAUCACCGUCAUUUGUUAUAGUUUAAAACAACAGUUCGGUGUGUUUACUCUGCAAGGAUGCCCGGGCUUUGUUAGGUAACGUUAGCCGCCUGAGAGCUACAACCAUCAUCCGCUGUGUGUGUGUGUUUUUGGGGGAGAAGUAGCCGAGUCAAAGGCUCCCUCUCUCGGCUGCGUGGUCGGUGUUUCACCCGGUUAAAAACAUGGAGCAAACUAACCGCCUCACGGAGCUGUACCACUAUCUGCAAGACCCGCACCUCGUUGCACGCUUUCAACGCUUUUGUGGAGUAAGUGGGACAUUUAAGAGAACCAUCCAUACCUCCACUACUACCACCACCGGGAGCAGCAAGGAAGAAGACCGGACUCACACGCACAAUAACGGGGCUUGCCAUCACCACCUAGCCGGGGGCAAUGAGAGGAGCGAAGACUCGGCCAUUAGAGGAGCAGGCGAAGGGGAGAAAGUACACACAACGGCGGCUUCGCUCAGGAAGAGGAUAGUCGAUGUUAACGCGGUGAACAAUCACCGGGAGGAGAGUGAAAACAUACACCAGAAUGGAGCGCUUCUGUCGGCAGCGACCGCCGGAGGAGAGACGGUCGGCGUGGGGAAUAGCGGUAACGGUCGGAGCUUCAUAGUUGCUGCCGGGGCAACCGAUGCCGGGGCAACCGAUGUCGGGGAAAUGGAGAAGAUUCGAAGCCUCAUCGGGGCUGCCGGGGCAACCGUUGCGGGGGAAACGGAGGAGAAGAUGAGCAGCACGGUGAAACCUCUCCGUAAAAACUCUCUCACGGGUGAAAUUGGGCAGGAGUUCAUCAUCAAGAGCAGGCUCCUUUACUACAUGUUUACUUUUGGCACCGAGCUAGGCAAUGAGCUCUUCUACAUCACCUUCUUCCCCUUCAUCAUGUGGAAUGUGGAUGUCUUCGUGGCCAGGCGGCUGGUGAUGGUUUGGGUUUGGGUCAUGUACUUGGGACAGUGCACCAAGGAUGUGAUCGGGUGGUCCAGGCCAGCUUCCCCUCCGGUGGUCAAAGUGGAGAUGUUUUACAACUCGGAGUACAGCAUGCCGUCCACACACGCCAUGUCCGGCACUGCCAUCCCCUUCUCCCUGUUCAUCAUGACCUACGGCCGGUGGGAGUACCCGUUCACGCUGGGCUUCAGUCUGGCUCUCUGCUGGUGUCUGCUGGUCUGUGUCAGCCGAAUCUACAUGGGGAUGCACUCGGUCCUGGACGUCAUCGCCGGCUUCCUCUACAGCGUCCUGAUCCUGAGCUUCUUCCUGCCGGCGUUGGACCUGAUCGACGGCUUCAACCAGACGUGCAGCUACGCUCCGCUCAGCAUCAUCUCGCUGCACGUGGGCCUCGGCCUCUUCUCCUUCACGCUGGACACCUGGAGCACCUCGCGGGGCGACACCGCUCAGAUCCUGGGGACGGGCGCCGGCGUUGCCCUGGCCUCGCACGUCAACCACCGCCUGGGCCUGAUGCCCGACCUCACACCGGAGCAGCUGCCCGUCACCAUGCCGACGCUCAGCGCCGCCCUGGUCGGCGUGGCGAUGCUGCGGUUCGUCCUGGGCGUGGUGGCGCUGGUGGCCACGCGGGCGCUGAUGAAGGCCGUCACCAUCCCGCUGGUGUGCCGGGUUUGCGGGGUGCCGAGCGACGACGUGAGGAAGGCGAGGCAGCACAUGGAGGUGGAGCUGCCGUACCGCUACAUCGUGUACGGGACGGUGGGCUUCAACGUGCUCUUCCUGGUGCCGCAGCUCUUCGACUACAUGCAUCUCUCCUGAACGGCGAGACGAGGCGACCCUCCCUCACCGAAUUAUCACCCAAUGCUGUCAUCAGAUCGGUUUUGAGCUUUCUUUCCCUUCAUCUUUCAUCCAGAACCCCUUUUUUUCUUUUUUUCUCCUCGCCUUUAGGA